AUGGGUGGGAAUUCCCCAUGUGCCUCAUGCAAGCUUCUGAGACGCCGAUGCACAAAAGAUUGCACCUUUGCUCCUUAUUUCCCUCCUGAUGAACCACAAAAAUUUGCCAUAGUUCAUAAAGUUUUCGGAGCCAGUAAUGUUAGCAAAAUGUUGCAGGAACUUCCAGUUCAUCAGAGAGCAGAUGCAGUGAGCAGUUUAGUGUAUGAAGCAAAUGCUAGAGCUCGGGACCCUGUGUAUGGUUGUGUUGGAGCCAUUUCCUACUUACAAAAUCAAGUUUCUGAACUUCAAAUGCAACUUGCAGUUGCUCAAGCAGAAAUCCUCUGCAUACAAAUGCGAAAUGAGCAAGUGAUUCCAGUCCCAGAAAUCGAUUCAGAUCAGAAAUCUAAUAUUCUUCAAAAUGACCUCUCUCAAUACUUUAAUUUUGGCGCAUCUAGUAAUGUAAUUUAUGACUCCCAGAGUAUUUUUGGACAUGAGAUGAUUUCUUGA